AUGCAGCGCCCGGGCCCCCGCCUGUGGCUGGUGCUGCAGGUGAUGGGGUCGUGCGCCGCCAUCAGCUCCAUGGACAUGGAGCGCCCCGGCGACGGCAAGUGCCAGCCCAUCGAGAUCCCGAUGUGCCGGGACAUCGGCUACAACAUGACGCGGAUGCCCAACCUCAUGUACCACGAGAACCAGCGCGAGGCCGCCAUCCAGCUGCACGAGUUCGCGCCGCUGGUGGAGUACGGCUGCCACGGCCACCUCCGCUUCUUCCUCUGCUCGCUGUACGCGCCCAUGUGCACCGAGCAGGUCUCCACCCCCAUCCCCGCCUGCCGCGUCAUGUGCGAGCAGGCCCGGCUCAAGUGCUCCCCGAUCAUGGAGCAGUUCAACUUCAGGUGGCCCGACUCGCUGGACUGCAGCAAACUCCCCAACAAGAACGACCCCAACUACCUGUGCAUGGAGGCGCCCAACAACGGCUCGGACGAGCCCGCGCGCGGCUCCGGCCUCUUCCCGCCGCUCUUCCGGCCGCAGCGGCCGCACGGCUCGCAGGACCCGCAGCCCAAGGAAGGCGCGGCGGCGCGCGCCGCCUGCGACAACCCGGGCAAGUUCCACCACGUGGAGAAGAGCGCGUCGUGCGCGCCGCUGUGCACGCCGGGAGUCGACGUGUACUGGAGCCGCGCCGACAAGCGCUUCGCCGCCGUCUGGCUGGCCGUGUGGUCCGCGCUCUGCUUCUUCUCCAGCGCCUUCACCGUGCUCACCUUCCUCAUCGACCCGCACCGCUUCAGGUACCCCGAGCGCCCCAUCAUCUUCCUCUCCAUGUGCUACUGUGUCUACUCAGUGGGUUACAUCAUCCGCCUCUUCGCGGGCGCGGAGAGCAUCGCCUGCGACCGGGACAGCGGGCAGCUGUACGUCAUCCAGGAGGGCUUGGAGAGCACGGGCUGCACGCUCGUCUUCCUGGUGCUCUACUACUUCGGCAUGGCCAGCUCGCUCUGGUGGGUCAUCCUCACGCUCACCUGGUUCCUGGCGGCCGGCAAGAAGUGGGGCCACGAGGCCAUCGAGGCCAACAGCAGCUACUUCCACCUGGCGGCCUGGGCCGUGCCCGCCGUGAAGACCAUCCUGAUCCUGGUGACGCGCAGGGUGGCGGGGGACGAGCUCACCGGCGUGUGCUACGUGGGCAGCAUGGACGUGAACGCGCUCACCGGCUUCGUGCUCAUCCCCCUGGCCUGCUACCUGGUCCUCGGGACCUCCUUCAUCCUGUCGGGCUUCGUGGCCCUCUUCCACAUCCGCAGGGUGAUGAAGACGGGCGGCGAGAACACGGACAAGCUGGAGAAGCUCAUGGUGCGCAUCGGGGUCUUCUCGGUGCUGUACACCGUGCCGGCCACCUGUGUGAUCGCCUGCUACUUUUACGAGCGCCUCAACAUGGAUUACUGGAAAGUGCUGGCCACGCAGCACAGGUGCAAAGUGAGCGACCAGAGCAAGCACGUGGACUGCCUGAUGGCCGCCUCCAUCCCGGCGGUGGAAAUCUUCAUGGUGAAGAUUUUCAUGCUGCUGGUGGUGGGCAUCACCAGCGGCGUGUGGAUCUGGACAUCCAAGACGCUGCAGUCCUGGCAGAACGUUUGCAGCCGUGGCUUCAAAAAGAGGAGCAGGCGGAAACCCGCCAGCGUGAUCACCAGCAGUGGGAUUUACAAAAAAGCCCAGCACCCCCAAAAAACCCAUCAUGGGAAAUACGAAAUCCCCGCGCCGCCCCCCACUGGUGUGUGA